UCAAAACGUAAACAGUUCGGCGCUGGAAACGGAGCCCGGACCCGGCGGCAUGUCUUCCGACGAGACGUCCGAAGAGUUCAGGGUGAACGUGAUGACGAAAAAAGCGGUCGUCCAACAAACCGCCAAAUACCGGGAAGUGUUGGAGAGCGUGUUAGAAGACCAGCCCGGCAUCAGCGACGAGAGCAAGCGGGCUUACCUGAAAGAGCUGCAGGCGAAUUUUGAGGCGUUGGUCCAGGAUAAUUUGUUGGUGAAUGGACAGUCUUGGGAGGAGGCUCCUGAUGAUGAAGAUGAUUCUGUCCUUGCUCUGGAGUGCCUUCUGGAUGACACCAUUGUGGAGACCACCAGGAGGCGCCGUCAAUGUCCCAGAGAGAUUCUGCCGCAUUUGGUCCACGCGCUAAAAGCUGAACGCAAACUCAUGGGGCUUUAUGAGCAAGCAGCGAAACCACAGGAAGCGGUGAAACACCCUUGUCAAGUGAGCGUCGUGAACAGCGUGUCUGCAGCAGCCCCGGGGAUGGUGAAGGAAGCAAUCCAAAUCAUGAAGUCCAUCCACGCCAUACAGAAGCAAGCUGAAGGCAUCCGUCAGGUCCUCAACACGGGACCCAAGCAAGGCUGCUCUCUGGACAUGUACAGGGAAGCGCUUGGAUGCGACAGCCUGUUGAACGCUCCGCUGCCUCCCUCGAAUGCGGCCAGCAGGAGCAAGGGGUCGAUCAAGACCGUUGUAGAGGAAGAGGAAACUGGAAACUGCUACGUGCCGGCCAGUGAGCAAACAAACCGCCCUGCUGUUAUUGCUGAACAUCAGUAGGAGGAAGACGAAGGCCAGUGUUUUUCGGGUUUGAUUUGUGAAAGUCACUUCGCUCUUUGUAAUACCUGUUGACAAAGUUGCUUUUAUUUCUUUUCUUUUUUUUUUCUUUCCUGGAUUUGUCACAAUAUAUUUAGGUAACGUGUGCAAUUCUGUGUCCGGAUUAAAUCAAAUAAGAAUUCAAGUAUUUUAGGUGGCCUGGUUAGUGCUUUGUCCCUAAUUGUGAGAGAAAAUAAGUAUGUGGUGAAAAGGGUUGCGCUUUAUCAGAGUCAUUUCAACUUCUUGAUCCCUCUCCCUCUCUCAUCUUCCUGUAUUUGUCUGUUUAUAUUUGUCUGCAAUGUGUCUGGUCCUGCGUGUCUGUUCUGGUCUUCAGUAGUCUGCUCGAGAAGUGGUGAACCGGGGAUCAUUUUACAAUCCAGUGGCGUCUGUGCUGCUCUCCAAGUGGUCUCAUGACAACCGACACACUUGGAAUUGAAACCCAAGAAAUCAUGUUCACAACUGCUGAAAGGUGGACGUUUUAUUCACAUUUAGGACACGAUGUUCCCGGUCAUAUCUGGGCGGCCGCAGAACACGAAUAGGUGAGACUAAUAAAGAGCAAACGGUAGCCUACCUAAUUCAGAGUUCAGAAGUUUAGCUUUCAACCACGUGUCCUGCUAAGUGGCUUUAUUCAUUUCAACAUGGCAGCUUUGGAACAAGCAGAUUUAUAUAUAGCGUACAGGCUUAAUCAGGAAUUUUGACAUUGGACCGUCAAGAGUCGUUUUCCAGUUACGUGGGCAACAUAGAAGGAGAAGGCUAAUAAUG